UGAAGAGCUCGCCUCGCCAACGCCGACACAUUCGCCAGAUCAAGGUCCCCAAUUGUGUCGACACAGAUCCAGCCGCCAAGAUGCUUAUUCCCAAGGCUGAUCGCAAGGCGAUCCAUGAGUACCUCUUCCGGGAGGGCGUCAUGGUCGCUGCUAAGGACUAUGAGUCGACCCACGAGACCGGCAUUCGCAACCUCUACGUCAUCAAGGCCUGCCAGUCCCUGACCUCGCGCGGCUACGUCAAGACCCAGUUCUCGUGGCAGUACUACUACUACACCCUGACCCCCGAGGGUCUCGACUACCUCCGGGAGUGGCUGCACAUCCCCGCCGAGAUUGUCCCGGCUACGCACAUCAAGCAGCAGCGGUCGCACGCCCCGCCCCGUGGCAUGAUGGGCGGCGAUGACCGCGGUGAGCGGAGAUUCGGCGGCCGUGGCCGUGGCGACCGUGGUGACCGGGAGGGCGGCUACAGGCGCCGGGAGGCUGGCGAGGGCAAGGAGGGCGGUGCGCCGAGCGACUUUGCUCCUCAGUUCCGUGGUGGUUUCGGUCGUGGCCGUGGCGGCCGUGGUGAUGCCCCUCCCUCCUAAAGCGGAUGGCGGAUAAUCUCUCUAUCUCUUGGGUUGCCAGCAAUGGCAUAACGACAUGGCACGACAUGUACUCUACGUCACAGAGUAAAAGGGUCGACCGGCAAUGCACCUACUCGCCAGGACCGUGAGUGGUUUGCGCGUGGAGUUGGUGGUUAGACAUUCGGAAAACUGCUGCAUUCGGGGUCAUCAUUGGUGGUCAAUACGAUUUUUUGCUCUCACUCGGUUGCUCGUGGUGCUGCAGGGCGACGGGUCAGUCGCCGGAAUUGAUGGGUUAACGAACAAUACGAGACGGGGGGCUUUUUAUCGUUCAGACUAGCGCACUGUGGCCAUGGUUUGCAAAGGAUGAGUAGGCUGAAUGCUGUCUAUCAGUCAACCCUUUUCACCGGGUUCAAGAUGGGCAGACCCCUGGGACUCCUCCCCCAGUCUUCGAGCAUUUCCAAAGCACGGCCGUUCCAAAGCACGGCCGCGGUUCCGUCC